UACACCCGUGCAAAGCCAUCCUCUUUAAAAGGACAAUCUUUUGUAGCUUUCAAAGUAGCAAUGGCUUCUUUGAGUGUCUUCUUCUCUACAGGCGUCGUUUGCCUUCAUCUGUUCGCCCUGUUUUGCCUCCUACCAUUAGCCAUUACUGACAAAACUGAAACUGAUCGCCGAGCUCUCCUUUGCUUCAGGUCACAGAUCUCAGCUCCAACCGAGGCCUUAUCCUCAUGGAGCAAUGCAUCUUUGGAUCCCUGUAACUGGCAUGGGGUCACAUGUAGCACACGGCCCCCUCGUCAUGUCAUUGCUAUAGAUCUCGCAUCUGAGGGCAUCGCAGGCCCAAUCUCACCCUGCAUUGCCAACAUCACCUCGCUUGCGAGGCUCGAGUUGUCGAACAAUAGCUUCCAUGGCAUGAUACCAUCCGAGCUUGGCCUCCUGAGGCAACUCACCAACCUCAGCCUCAGCAUGAACUCCCUAGAAGGUAACAUUCCAUCAGAGCUCUCUUCAUGUGCACAACUUCAGAGCCUAACUCUGCAGGGCAAUUCCCUCCAUGGAGAGAUCCCAUCUAGCCUAAGCCAAUGCAUACAUCUUCAGAAGAUUAACCUUGGUAGCAACAAACUCCAAGGGAGCAUACCUUCUGCUUUUGGGGAUCUUCCUGAGUUGCAGAAACUACUCCUAGCCAACAACAGACUUUCGGGUAAUAUACCACCGUCUCUAGGGAGCAGAGUUUCACUCACAAGUGUUGAUCUCGGGAGGAAUGCACUCACAGGGGGGAUCCCAAAGGCUUUGAUGAAUAGUUCAUCUCUCGAAAAACUUUGGCUUGACAGCAACAGUCUCAGUGGAGAACUCCCACAGGCUCUGCUCAGCAUUUCGUCACUUACUGUCAUUUACCUCCAAUAUAACAAUUUUGUUGGUUCUAUGCCACCUGUUACUGCCAUCUCCCCACAGGUGAAAAGUCUUGAUUUAGGGUACAACAAUCUCACAGGAACAAUACCUUCCUCUCUAGGGAACCUUUCCUCCUUAAUUUAUCUUCGUCUUACACAAAAUGAUUUACAUGGGAGCAUCCCAGAGAGCUUAUGCCACAUUCCAACACUACAGAAAUUGGCCCUGAAUUCAAACAGCUUUUCUGGAGCAGUUCCACCAUGUCUCUUCAACAUGUCAUCCCUGACAUUUCUUGGGGUAUCAAACAACUCACUAACUGGAAGGAUUCCUCCCGACAUCGGCUAUACACUCCCAAAUAUUGAGAGCUUGGGGCUCUCAGCUAACAAGUUCGAGGGCUCUAUCCCAACUUCUCUCCUCAAUGCAACCCAGCUGCAAUACCUUAACCUAGCCGACAACAAGCUAACUGGGAUCAUGCCACUCUUUGGGUCAUUGACAAAGUUGGAUACCCUUGAUGUGGCAUAUAACAUGUUAGAAGCAGGAGACUGGGGCUUUGUCUCAUCACUCUCAAAUUGCUUCAGACUGACUGAGCUACUGUUGGAUGGGAACAAUUUCCAAGGCAACCUUCCAAAUUCUUUUGGGAAUCUUUCCAGAAGUCUUGAGUCAUUGUGGAUAAGAGAUAACAAAAUUUCAGGGCAUAUACCAUCGGAGAUAGGCAAUCUUAAGAGCCUCACCAAACUGUACAUGGAUUACAAUCAAUUCUCCGGUAGUAUACCACCAAGUAUUGGAAAUUUAAGCAAAUUGGGAGUUCUAUCCUUUGCACAAAACAAACUCUCUGGCCAAAUCCCAGAUAAUACUGGUAACCUUGUUCAGCUUAAUUCUCUGAAAUUGGAUCGGAACAACUUGAGUGGAAGCAUACCUGAAAGUAUAGGGAACUGUUCAAAGCUGCUGAUACUCAACCUUGCUCACAAUUCAUUAGAUGGAGGCAUACCAGAAAAGAUCUUAAGAAUUUCUUCACUUUCUCAAGAGCUAGACUUGUCACACAAUCACUUGUCUGGAAGCAUACCAGAGGAAGUAGGGAACCUUUUCAAUCUGAAUAUUCUUAGAAUUUCAAACAACAGGUUAUCUGGAAAUAUACCACCCAGUCUUGGACACUGUUUUGCUCUAGAAUAUCUCAGCAUGCAAAGAAAUUCCUUAGUAGGAAAUAUUCCGCAAUCUUUCAUGAACUUGGUAGGUAUCAAGGAAAUGGAUAUUUCUCAAAAUAAUUUGUCAGGAAAUAUUCCACAGUUUCUUGCGUCAUUAGGUUCUCUACAUAAUCUAAAUUUAUCAUUCAACAGUCUAGAAGGGGCAAUCCCAAGUGGCGGUAUUUUUGGCAACAUUGGAGUGGUAUCAAUUGAAGGAAAUGAUCGAUUAUGCAUGAAUACACCAACAGAUGGCUUGCCUCUUUGUUCAUCAUUAAUUGACAAGAAAAGGAAGCACAAGUCUUUGGUUCUAGCCCUAAAGAUAGUAAUACCAAGUGUCCUUGUCGUUUUCUCUUUGCUAUGUCUUACUAAAAUUCUUUUGAGGAAAAAAAUUGAAGCAAAGACACCAGUAAAUCCGGUGAUUGAGCACAUGCAGAUAACAUAUGAAGAUGUUGUAAAGGCCACAAAUAGAUUCUCUUUUGCUAACUUAAUUGGUUCAGGGUCAUUUGGAAUGGUUUAUAAGGGAAAUCUACAGAUUCACGGAGAUCAAGUUGCCAUCAAAAUUUUUAACCUUGGUAUAUAUGGAGCACAUAAGAGCUUCGUUGCAGAGUGUGAAACACUAAGAAAUGUCCGCCACCGUAAUCUUUUGAAAAUCAUUACUUUAUGCUCUUCCGUGGACUCAAACGGGGCAGAUUUCAAGGCCCUGGUGUUCCCAUAUUUACCAAAUGGGAACCUAGAUAUGUGGCUACAUCCAAAGACCCAUGAACACACAGAGAAGAAAGUUCUGACUUUAAGCCAAAGAAUUAAUAUAGUCCUAGAUGUAGCAUUUGCUUUGGAUUAUCUUCAUAAUCAAAGCACAUUGCCUGUAAUACACUGUGACUUGAAGCCCAGCAAUAUUCUCUUGGAUCUUGAUAUGGUUGCAUAUGUCACUGACUUUGGCCUAGCAAGAUUUGUAUAUACUAGGUCAAAUGCACAUCAAGAUACAUCAACAAGCUUGGCUUGUCUAAAAGGAUCUAUUGGAUAUAUUCCACCAGAGUACGGCAUGAGUGAAGAUAUCUCAACCAAGGGUGAUGUCUACAGCUUUGGAAUUCUUCUCUUAGAAAUGGUAACAGGAAGAAGUCCUACUGAUGAAAAAUUUAAUGGUGGAACAACCCUACAUGAGUUUGCUGGCAGAGCAUUGCCCAAUAAUAUUCACGACGUUGUUGAUCCCACAAUACUACAAAAUGGUAUCAGUGUUACCAAUGUGAUGGAGAGUUGUAUCAUUCCAUUGGUCAAAAUAGGGCUCUCAUGCUCCAUGACAUUGCCCGGAGAGCGGCCAGAAAUGGGGCAAGUUUGUACCAUGAUCCUUAGAAUCAAGCAUGCAGUCUCAAAUAUGCAUGUGAGAUGAGGCAAAGAUUUGACAGGUUCAUGUAUGGAAGAGUACUAAUGUAAAAUAUCUUUUUUAUUUUGUUUUGAAUCCA